AUUUUUUUUCACUGACAUGGACUUUAGAGAAGACUUUGCCUUGCUGUCGGAACAGCGCCGGGAGUUCGCCAUGGCGGAGGUCAUAGAAUCCGACCUGGAAUUUGCCUUUGGCCUCCAAUUGCAGGAGGCUCUCGAGGCCUCCCUCGCUUUGAAUCCGUCUUCUUCCUCCGCUGUUAUCGAACAGCCUACUGUUGACGAGCUGAACGCGACCUCAGUGCAGAGUGAGGAGUUGGAGCGUGUGGAGUGCGAGAUGAAGGACAAGGAGCAGAGCGAGAGGGAAAUGCAGAAGAUGAGGGAGGAUCUCUGUCGAAGGAUCCACGACGAGAAGGUGGCGAGGGAUAUAUUGACGAUUUCUGAGGCGGAUUGGCAGCAGUGGGGCGAUAACUUUGAGAAGCCGUUCGGUGAGGGUUCAUCAUCUUCGGGUAGGACGGAGACGGAGGAAGGCUGGGUUAGGGUUUACUUGAAGGGUUUGGUGAGCGAGGAAAACGUGAGGGGGGAGAAGGUUGUGUUAUCUGGGAUAGGGGUUGCGAUUUGUGACCGUAGUGAUAAUUUGAUAUUUGAGGUUUCUAAGUCGGUGAUUGAGAAUGGCACUAGCAAGGUCGCUGUGGAGAUUAAGGCGUUGAUUGAAGCCUUCAAUAUGGUCCUUGCUUUGGAAUUAAAGCGCAUAGUUUACUAUACCGAUUAUUAUCCACUUCUCCAAUAUGUGAGAGGAAACUGGUCUGCAAAACAGCGGAAGAUUGCCAUGUUGGUUGAUCAAGUUCAUCUGCUUCAGAGGAAGUUUACAUACUGCGAUUCAAGGCUUUUGGCCAGAAAUGAUGUCAAGUUUGCAUUUAAGCUUGCGAGGGAUGCGAUUGUGUCUCAGUCUAUGAGACCCUCGGGACCUGGGAGUACAAGGAGUUUGAAUGAAAAUUGUGCUAUAUGUUUGGAGGAUACUGCUGUCAGUCAGAUUUUUUCAGUUGAUGGAUGUCAACACCGCUAUUGCUUUUCUUGCAUGAAACAACAUGUUGAGGUGAAGUUGCUUCAUGGAAUGGUGCCUAAGUGCCCUCAUGAGGGAUGUAAGUAUGAGCUUCUGGUUGACAGCUGCCAGAAGUUCUUGACUCAAAAGUUAACUGAUAUCAUGCGUCAACGCCAAGCGGAAGCUUCAAUUCCUGUUGCUGAAAAAGUUUACUGCCCUUAUCCAAGAUGCUCUGCAUUAAUGACAAAAACUGAGGUCUUUGAGUACUCGAAAAAUCUUAUUGGUGAAUCUGAACUGUCGGGACCCAAGAAAUGCUUAAAAUGUCAUGGCCUUUUUUGUUUUAACUGCAAGGUCCCUUGGCAUAGUGGUAUGACAUGUUUUAUGUACAAAACGUUGAAUCCCAACCCUCCUGCUGAAGAUUUGAAGCUAAAGUUUCUGGCAUCAAGGAGCCUAUGGCGGCAGUGCGUGAAGUGUAACCAUAUGAUUGAACUUGCCGAAGGUUGCUAUCACAUGACUUGCAGAUGUGGUUCCGAAUUUUGCUAUAACUGUGGUGCUGAGUGGAAGGACAAAAAAGCAACGUGUUCUUGCCCACUCUGGGCAGAAGACAAUAUUUGGAUGGAGGAGAGAGACUUGGACGAGACUGACGAGACCGACGAUGAUGAUGACGUCUUUGGAGGAUGGCUUUGAUUAUUGUGAUGCUUAUUAAGCAGCUGGCCGAUUGACCAGGUUGACUGUCUCCUUCUACAUCUAGUAAAUAUUCGUAUAUUUUAAAUAUAUUACUUAGCAAAAUAUUGACUUCUUAUUUUCUCUCUCCUUAUUUUACCUCCAUUUAAUUUUACACUCAACCAAGCUCCAAUUUUUUUCCCAAUACACUGUAGCCCAGUGCGUCCUUCCCUCAAUGCAUAUAAAAAAACAAAACAAAAUCUUUUAGUUGCCCCACUUUACUCUUCAUUUUCCUUUGGCUUCGCAUAAAAAAAACACUUUUUGAACGAGUACAAUGUCUGCAGACAAAUCAACAAAAAGGACAACGAUGUAUGAUGAUGUUAUUUUAAUGUUAACUUCGUCGCUUAAGUGAUGCACAAUACGUUGAAAAACAAUUAUUUUCACACCUAGCAUCAUAUUU